ACUACAAACAUCCCAGAGAAGCCAGAAGAGGGUCAGCAAAACCUGAACCUCUGAAGAAGGAAAAGCCAACUGAUACAAGACAUCCAAGUCUGUUGGCCAAAAAAGGCUGAAGGUUUGCAUCAUUUCUUUGGAGAGAAUAUAAGUGGUUCAAUUUGUAGAGCAUCUGGAUGGUGCCAGGCACUUACUAGGCCACUUUAAAUGCAUAAUCAUCACGAAAGAUGCUUAAGUAGCACUUGCAGGGGCCAGAGAAGGGACCCUUUAGCCGGAAGAGAAGCCAGCAGACACCCGUGCACAAAUGGAUGACCAGCUUCCUUCCAGGAAAGCUCCAAGUUUUUGUUCCCUGCGCUAUGGGUUAUGUCUCCUCCUGCACUUCUGUAAUGUUGUCAUGAUGUCACAGCGCAUGUGUCUGAGCCUCACCGUGGUCGCCAUGGUGAACAGCACAGAUCCACACGGUUCGCCCAACACCUCCACAAAGGACCUCUUGGAUAACAUAAAGAACCCCAGGUAUAACUGGAGCCCCAAAAUCCAGGGGGUCAUCUUAAGUUCCAUCUUGUACGGUAUGCUCAUCGUGAAUAUCCCCGUUGGGUAUUUGUCUGGAAUAUACUCCAUCCGGAAAAUGGUUAGCUGUGCCCUGAUCCUCAGCUCCCUGUCCAGCCUGCUCAUCCCCCUGGCAGCGGACGCCGGUGAAAUACCACUCAUCGCCUGCCGGGUAGUGCAGGGGCUGGGCCAGGGGACAGUGUCCGUAGCUCAGCACAUGGUGUGGGUCAAGUGGGCCCCUCCCUUGGAACGAGGCCGACUUACCUCUCUGAGUGUAUCAGGACUUAUGCUGGGACCCUUCAUUGCCCUGCUUGCCACCGGAUUCAUCUGUCAGGCCCUGGGCUGGCCCUUUGUCUUCUAUAUUUUUGGUGCUUGUGGCUGUGCCCUGGGUCUUUCCUGGUUCAUUCUGUUUUACGAUGACCCAAAGGACCAUCCGUGCAUCAGCGUCGAUGAGAAGGAAUUUAUCACCUCCUCCCUCGUGGCACAGGUCAGCUCGAGCGGACAGCCUCUGCCCAUCAUGGCGAUGCUCAAGUCUCUCCCGCUCUGGGCGAUUUCCCUUGGCUGUUUUGCCUUUUCCUGGACAAACCACAUCCUGUUUCUGUACUCGCCGACGUUUAUCAGCUCCAAGCUUCAUGUAAACAUGACAGAGAACGGGCUGCUGUCAGCCCUCCCCUAUCUGUUCUCCUGGCUCCUUGGGAUCCUGGUGGGUCAGGUAGCAGACCUCUUCCUCUCCAGGAACAUGUUCCGCGUGAUUACCGUCCGGAAACUCUUCACCACGCUAGGUCUUCUCCUGCCCUCCCUCUUCGGGAUAUGCCUGUGUCACCUGAGUUCCGGCUUCCACAGCACGAUAAUUUUCCUCAUACUUGCUAGUGCAACAGUGGUCUUUUGUAUAGUCGGAAUACUUAUCAACCCCUUGGAUAUUGCUCCCAGAUAUUAUGGCUUUCUUAAAGGAGUUACAGUUCUAAUUGGAAUGACAGGAGGGCUGACCUCUUCGACUCUGGCUGGAAUAAUCCUUAACCGGGAUCCAGAGUCUUCCUGGCCUAAAAUCUUCUUCCUGAUGGCAGCCAUUAAUGUAAUAAGCCUAACUUUCUACCUUAUAUUUGCUAAAGCAGAAAUUCAGGACUGGGCUAAAGAAAAACAACACACACGCCUCUGAAGGAGGGUGACUUUCCACCUCAUCAGAUCCAGCCUGGAGACUCCGUAAACUAGAAAAGACAUCUCUGCAAGAAUUCUUCACAGCCAAGCUGGGAGGGUCCUUUCCAGGCACUUCUCAUGAACCCCCACGCAGCCAGGCUCAAGGAAACUAACACCUGGACCCCCAUUUCCCACCUGGAAAAGGCUAAUCUAUCUGGAUUUCAUCUAUUGGAAGGACAAAAUUUUCUUGGACUAGUAGUCUGCUCUUGAUAAGAGAUUAGGAUCUUAAGAUUAUAAUGCUCAGUGAAAUAAGUCAGACAGAAAAAGUCGAGAACCAUAUGAUUUCACUGAUAUGUGGUAUAUAAACCUGAAA